UGACAAUGAGCGGAAGUCUCUCAGAGAGGGGCAGAGGUAUACUGUCCCGUUCAACAAAAGUGAUCCUUCAGGGAAAGUUGCCGGUGGGAAUAGUCAACGCUGUUUAUCAAAUCUAAACAAGCUCGACAAGAAUGGAGAUCGAGAAAGAAGUUAAAAAGAUAACCCUGGGCCAUGAGAUAGGAGCCGGAGCUGCCUGUCUGAAAUGCAAGGACAAGUGUGAAGGCUUUGAUCUUCACUUCUGGCGAAAGAUUUGCCGAAACUGCAAGUGCGGCGUUGAGGACCAUGACGUGCAGCUCGAGACGGAGGAGAAUAAGAAGGUGGGAAGGCUUUUUGAGGACACCAAGUACACAGGCCUCAUAGCCAAGCUGAAGAGAGAUGGCAUCCCGUCUUAUAAAGGCAACCAAGUCACAUUCAGCAUCCCGGCAGCCUCCAUCAGCACUGCUACUCCUGUUCCUGCUUCCUCUUUUGUCCCCGGCUCCAGCCAGACCUACACCCCCAACGCUCAGUCCGCUCAUGCCCCACCUGUUGCUGCCACUGCGGUCCCAGGAGCGUCAAUUCACUCCCCUGCAGCCCCAGCAACAGGCCGUACUGCGGCCUCAGGAACAGGCCAUGGUGCUGCUUUAGGGACAGGCCAUAGUGAUGCAUCAGGAACAGGCCGUACUGCUGCCUCAGGAACAGGCCAUAGUGAUGCAUCAGGAACAGGCCGUACUGCUGCAUCUGGAACAGGCCGUACUGCUGCUUUAGGGACAAGCCAUAGUGCUUCCAUCCCAUCUAAAGGCCCUGGUGCUGCCACUACUGCUGUCCCAACCCCCACUGCAGUGCCUGCCAAGACAGAUGUGGUUAAGUCCGUUACCUAUGAAUGGGCUCCACCUGGGAUCAACCAAGGCUUGGCUCUGCUCUACAUGGAACUUCUGCCUCCGGAGCGGCGACCCAUCGCUGGUUCGGCGGGAGCAGAUUACCGUAAGAAGCAGAUGGCCAAGCAGCUUCCCGACCACGACCAAGACCCUGAGCGCUGCCACGAACUCUCACCCAACGAGGUCAAGCAAAUGCAGCAGUAUGUCCGAAAGUACAAGGAUGAGGCUUUGGGCAUAGGCGACAUCACCUUGCCCGAAGAGAUGGGGCUGCAGGCAGGUUUGGCCGGGGAGAGCGGCCCUCAAGGUGUCGGGGCUGGAGGGAAGCCUGGUGCUGGAACAACAGGGACACCAGGAGACAAAGGUGAUGCUGUUGCUACAAUGGGAAAAGUUGGCACCCCAGGGGCUGAUGGAACUUCACUCAGUGGACCUGCUGGUAACUACUCAUGUCACCGGUGCCAGCUGCCCAUGAAGAAGGGUGAGCCGGCGGUUUACGCCGAGCGGGCAGGCUAUGAUAAACUCUGGCACCCUGCAUGCUUUGUGUGCUGUAACUGCAGCGAGCUACUGGUGGACAUGAUCUAUUUUUGGAAGAAGGAUAAGCUGUACUGUGGCCGCCAUUAUGGAGAUAGCGAAAAGCCUCGGUGUGCAGGUUGCGAUGAGCUCAUCUUCAGUAAUGAGUACACUCAGGCCGAGGGCCACGAUUGGCACCUGAAGCACUUCUGCUGUUUUCACUGUGACUGUGUGCUGGCUGGAGAGACCUACGUCAUGGAGAAAGACAAGCCUGUUUGCAAACCCUGCUACAUGAAGAACCACGCUGUGUGUUGUGCGGCCUGUCAGAACCCCAUCGAGCCUGAAGCUCAGCGCGUGUCGUAUGGAGAGCACCAUUGGCACGCUGAGCCCCAGUGUUUCCAGUGCUCCUGCUGCUCCAAGUGCCUUAUGGGCCAGCGCUUCAUGGCCCUGCAGGGAAUGCUGCUCUGCUCCGUAGAGUGCAAGAAAAAGAUCAUGGCCUCAUGAAGGAACACCUAGGAAUUCUACUUUAUUUGGGAAAGUGC